CGCCUUGCUUCUCUGCGCACUUGAUUUCGGGCAUCCGCAGUGAAGCUUCGGUUUGAAUGAUCUUGAUAUUCUACACGUAUAAUACAUGGAAUUGUAUUCCGAGAUUUGUCGCGUUUAAUUUCUCUAGAUCUAGUGCACUUAUUCGUGCCGUUUGAGACUUUAUCGAGACCAGUUCGUUAUCGUAUGUAGUGCUUGAAAUUUCGACGCUUCGCUAGUUCGCGAACUCCCAUUUGACGUUCCCCAGCGGACGCCAUAUUUGCUACCCCGAGAGAUCCGGCCGUUUUCGGCGUUAUAUGUUCAUCCAUCUGCAUCGUCUAAGUUACUUCAGUUUGUAUCAUUGAGUGGUUGGCUUCGACCUGAUGUAUUAGAGAUACAUAUUGCCCAGUUCCUAUAGUGAUUUGAAAGUGAAACGAUUGCCACUUAGUGGCAAUUGCCUGUACACAAUGACAGAAGUACACAGCAACCACGUUAUUGGUGGAAUCAGCAUGAACAAGGACUUGGAUGACGGAAUUGGCUGGAAAUCCAAACUGAAGAUCCCACCAAAGGAUCAGAGAAUCAAAACAAGUGAUGUCACAGACACUCGAGGAAACGAGUUUGAAGAGUUCUGUCUCAAGAGGGAGCUUUUGAUGGGCAUUUUUGAAAAAGGUUGGGAGAAACCAUCCCCCAUCCAGGAGGCUAGUAUUCCUAUUGCCCUCUCGGGUAAGGAUGUGUUAGCUCGGGCAAAGAAUGGAACAGGAAAGACUGGAGCGUAUUCUAUCCCAGUUCUUGAGCAGGUGGAUCCGAAGAAAGAUUGUAUACAGGCUCUUGUCAUUGUGCCAACUCGAGAACUGGCUCUACAGACUAGUCAAAUUUGCAUCGAGCUUGCAAAGCACAUGGAUGUUAAAGUUAUGGUCACAACAGGUGGCACAAACUUAAGAGAUGACAUCAUGAGAAUUUAUCAAAAAGUUCACAUCAUCAUUGCUACACCAGGAAGAAUUCUGGACCUUAUGGAUAAAAAUGUGGCUAACAUGGAAAAUUGCAGAAUUCUAGUCCUAGAUGAGGCAGACAAAUUAUUGUCACAAGAUUUCAAGGGAAUGUUGGACCAUGUGAUCUCACGGCUACCCAAAGAGAGACAAAUUCUUCUGUAUUCGGCUACUUUUCCCUUAACAGUAAAACAGUUCAUGGAAAAACAUUUGAAAGAGCCAUAUGAAAUUAACCUGAUGGAAGAACUUACACUCAAGGGAGUCACUCAAUAUUAUGCUUUUGUUCAAGAACGGCAAAAGGUUCAUUGCCUCAACACGCUGUUCUCUAAGCUCCAAAUCAAUCAGAGUAUCAUAUUUUGCAACUCAACCCAGCGAGUGGAACUCUUAGCCAAAAAGAUAACUGAACUGGGGUAUUGUUGCUACUACAUUCAUGCCAAGAUGGCUCAAGCCCAUCGAAACAGAGUUUUCCAUGACUUCAGGAAUGGUCUUUGCAGAAAUCUUGUUUGCUCAGAUCUCUUUACCAGAGGUAUUGAUGUCCAAGCAGUAAAUGUUGUGAUCAACUUUGACUUCCCAAAGAUGGCUGAGACAUACCUUCACCGCAUUGGUCGAUCUGGAAGAUUUGGUCAUCUUGGAAUUGCCAUUAAUCUAAUCACUUUUGAUGAUAGAUUUGCUCUUCAUCGUAUUGAACAAGAACUUGGCACUGAGAUCAAGCCUAUUCCAAAGGUAAUUGAUCCUGCCUUGUAUGUAGCAAAAUCACUUGAUGAUUCGCAUGCCAUUGAAGAAGCAAAUAAUGUGAGUAAGUGAAGGGUUUGUUGACACUGCUGUCAUUCUCUUCAGUAAGUGUUCCUACACCAAUGAACUUUUAUUUAAAUUUGUAGGGCAGUUAAGUGACUUGUUUAUUUUCUUUCCAAACAUGAUGUACAUACUGUCUAAAAAAUUCAUUAAGAAAAUCACCUCGUUACUGUACGAGCCAUUGUUAUUGUAGCUGUGCUAAUGUCUAUCAGUUGACAAGUUUUGUUUCGUUUGGGAGAAGUGUUACAAGGUACUAAAACACUCCAGUUCUCCUAUUGGUGAAUAGAAAUGUUUCCUUUGUUAGAUUUUUAUACAAUUUAUAUAGUGAACGAUGCCAUUGAACUUUGGCUUUAUGAGAUAGUCUGGAAUUGAUGGAUUAAUGCACAGCUCUAUGGAAGUAACAUUUUACAUUAGCAACUACCUGUGAUAAUGUUUAACGAUGUUAACUUAUUUGGCUCUAAUGAGGUUAAUUCGACUGAAAAAUUAUGAAAUUUCGGAGUGUUCCUUCAUCAAGCUGUGCAUGAGAGACUAGUAUUGUCAAUUUAUUUUUAUAACCUGAAAGAGGAACUGCAAGCAGCAAAUAGGGUAAAAUUGGGAUAGAUCAUCUUGUAUGCAUGAGUGGAAGAAGUGGAACUGUUCAGUGAUGUAUGUUCACAUUCACCAUCUUGGAUCCCCUCAUACAUCAGUGUACUUGUACCUUUGUACUAUUUUGUCCACCAUUGGCCAUAUUUCUCUGAAUUUCCCCGAUUUGUUGUUCGUGUUCCUCUCAUGUACUCUCUACCGUACUUCAGAGCAAUAUUGGUGCGGUUGUAAGGAAAGGACUAGGGUUCUUGUUGAUCUGUAAAUGUGUAAAUUUAAAUUUUUGAAAUCAUUCAUGUCACUUGUUACAAUCUAACAGUGAUCUUGUCGUGUGAUGUCUUUUUUCCCCCCCAUUCUUGUUCUUUUUUUUCUUUUUUGGAGAAAAUGACUCCUGUACAUGAAAGUGAGAAUGGUGUGUGUAUGUGUGGGAAAAUGUAAUUGUAUAUAAUCAAAUGUUGAACAAGAAUAUCUUAAACGAAUUGUAAACUUGUGAUGUCGCAAUUGGUUGCUGAUAAGUUAUUGUUAUCUGCCAAUGUGGAGUCUUUGGCAGUUUCAAAUUUUCAUCCUGUGAUUAUGGGGAUCCAUCUAGUCAGAGGCAAGCCACAGCUUGUUCUUUCAAAUGCCUUUGAUGUGUUUUUUUGCUGUGGCUGGUGGUACUGUCUGAAUGUCUUUACUAUCUACACACACUGACAUUUUUGCAAUAAAUUUUGUUAAUGUA